AUGUCAAUUGUAUAUGGUUUUACUGCCAGAUGGCAGCAAAGAAAAUGGACAGGUUAUACAGCAAAAAUGUAUAUGAUAUAUUGUAUAUCUAUUUGUAUAAUGGUUUGUUUGAUAAUCAUUGCAAGAAUAUAUUUCUUGAUGUUUUGUACAAAUAAAACAGAAAGAAGAAAACUAAUUCGAGAUAAACCAGUUAAAGCAAUGAUUGUAUUAGGAUCUGGUGGUCAUACUGCAGAAAUGAUGAGAAUUCUUAAAUAUUUAAGUUUAAAAAAUUAUUCACCAAGAAUAUAUGUAUAUGCCGAUACCGAUUUAAUGAGUAUAGAGAAAAUUAAGAAUUUAGAGAAAAAUAAUAUAGACUAUAAGACAAUUAAAAUUCAUAGAAGCAGAGAAGUUCAUCAAUCAUAUUAUACAUCUAUUUAUAGUACUAUUCAUGCAAUUUUGGAAUCAAUUCCGCAUUUAUGGAGAGAUUGUCCAGAGUUACUUCUGUGUAAUGGUCCAGGCACAUGUGUUCCUUUGUGUAUAAUAGCAUUCUUAUUUAAAGUAUUCUAUAUUACACAUACUACUAUAAUAUUUGUUGAAAGCUUCUGUAGAGUUAAAAAUUUAUCAUUAACAGGAAAAAUUUUGUAUUAUAUAGCUGAUUAUCAAAUAGUACAGUGGCCAUAUUUAUAUGAACCAAAUGAUAAGAAUAAUAAAACACUUUACUUCUAG